CAAUAUUAUGAUUGCAGUUCUCAAUUGCUCGUUGGUGAAUUCGUUAGUGAACUCAUGCAAAAAGCAUACGGAAUAUCAUGCGCAUAAACAUUAUGAUGCGAAGCGUCAUCUGUUCAAUCCUCUUGGGAACUGCAGUGCAGGCCGCUUCUUUGGCAGAAAAGUUAUCCGAACACAAUGAUGGAAGCCCCAGCCUCGAUCGCAAACUACCAACUCCAUCUGGACUUUCCGUCCAAGGUCCAAACGAACAGAGUUCGCUUGCACCAACACCACAGGUUUCAUUACCAAAACUGCCACCACCGUCUCUAGGCAUGGAGCACGGUAUGCCACCACCACCAGGAGCGGCAGCUCCUGCGUCGACAUCGGCUACCGCUGCGCAAGCAGGUCAAUCAGCGACAGCUUUACAUCAGAUUCCACCUCCACCACCCUCACACAUAAUACCGCAACUAGGCUCUGCAAGCCACAAAGUUGUUUCAAACCAUCAAUCUUUUCAAUUAUCUCAGUCAAGUUUCCCAGGUUCUCCACCUUUACCAGCGUUAUCGUUGCCCCAACAAAGGCCAUUACCACCGCCGCCACCACUACCACCACUACCAUCUCUAUCAAUAUCCAAACCAAACCUUCCAUCGCCUCUAUCUUUAUCAGUAGCCAAACAAGGACCGCCGAAGUUUCUAACUUUAUCUUUAUCUCACCAAAACUCUCUAUCUCUUCCAUCUUUAUCGAUAUCUAAACAAGAUCCUCCAACGUCUUUAUCUUCAUCAAAAUCUAAAAAGAGCCCUCCACCGCCUCCAGAAAAUGUACAAAACUCGCCAAGUUCUUCACCCGCACCAGUAUCCCAAGAGGAACCUUAUCCAACCACAUUAUCAGCUGUGUUCACAACAUCUCAGGGCCCUGCAACGACCUCGACUUCCAUUUCUUUCCAAUCAGUCAGUAGAUCGGUACCAGCAGAUGACGUUGGUACCUCCACUAGUCAACAAUCUGGAGUCUCGUCUCCACCACCGAGUGGAGUGCAAGCUGGUGUCACCCAAAGUCACGGUGAACCUAAAUUCAACGUUUUUGCUAUUAAAGCUUAAUUCUUAUAUAACUCAUAUACUCAAUAAAUCCAAUGUACGUAUAUAUUUUUCUCAGCAUACAAUAAAUAAAAUUAAAUAAAUUUCUA